AUGAAAAUAUUAAACACAUUGCUAAUAAUAAUCUCUAUAUUUGUUUUUAUACUUCCUAGCGUGGCUGGAGAUAACUAUCUAUAAGAGAGAGUAGUAGAUACUUAAAAUACAGAUGAAAAUAAUUUGCUAGGGUGCCUAAAACCAUAUACAAAAGUGAACACUUCCUAGUGCUCUAAAUGCUGUUCUGGCUCUUGUAAAACUCUUCUUAUUAGAAUGUCUAAAUGCGAUUGA